CGGUCGGUCACCGGCCGACCAGGGAAGCUUGCCGCGUGACGUCACGCCGGCUCGCGCCAGAGCGGGGCGCCGGCUCCCUCGCUCUCCCUCUCUCGAGCCAGCCGACCGGGCGACCCGCUCCCGCAAAGUCAAGGCCGUAUAAGCAGUGAGGCUGAGGCCGGGGCGCCGGGAGGUGUGUGGUGCUCUCAGCCCCUGACGCGCGGCGCACGGCGGCUCUGACCUGGCCUAGAGGCGGGACAGGCGUAUUCAGGAAGCCGAGCCGGAGGGCUGGAGGCAGCCAUGGCGUGGCACCAGUUGCAAUACCAAAGUGGCUUUGGGAACGAGUUUGCCACGUGUGACCCGCGGUGCCCGGAUGCGCUACCGAAGGGUCAGAAUAACCCUCAGAAGUGUCCGUACGGCCUCUACGCCGAGCAGCUCUCUGGCACAGCUUUCACAGCUCCGCGGGAGUCCAACCGCCGCACGUGGCUGUACCGGAUCCGGCCGUCGGUCUGCCACGAGCCGUUCGCGGCGCUGGGUCAGUGCAACGACACCACCAUCCGCUGGGACGACGAGCCGCCCAACCCCAACCAGACCCUGUGGAGGCCGUUCGAGAUUCCCAGCGGCGCCGUGGACUUUGUGUCCGGCCUGCACACUGUGUGCGGCGCCGGUCACCCGCGCGACCGCUGUGGCCUGGCCAUCCACGUCUACUGCUGCACCGUCGGCAUGGCAGACACGUGCAUGUACAGCAGCGACGGCCACUUCCUCAUCGUGCCUCAGCAGGGAGAGCUGCACAUCACCACAGAGCUCGGCAGGCUGGCGGCCAAACCCAACGAGAUCUGCGUCAUCCCCCAGGGCGUCAAGUUCGCUGUGGACGUCAGCGGUCCGAGCCGCGGCUACGUGCUGGAGGUGUACAACAACCACUUCCAGCUGCCCAACCUGGGCCCCAUCGGUGCCAACGGUCUGGCCAACCCGCGGGACUUUCUGUCGCCGUGCGCGUGGUUCGAGGACCGCGACGGGAUCGAGUUCCACGUCAUCUCGAAGUUCCAGGGCGGCUGGUUCCGGGCGCGUCAGCAGCACUCGCCGUUCGAUGUGGUCGCCUGGCACGGCAACCUGACGCCGUACAAGUACGACCUGGCCAACUUCAUGGUGAUCAACGCCACGGCGUUCGACCACGCGGACCCGUCUAUUUUCACGGUUCUGACAUGUCCGUCAGAGCGACCCGGGACUGCCAUCGCCGACUUCGUCAUUUUCCCACCGCGCUGGGCCGUUCAGGAGCACACCUUCCGGCCGCCCUACUAUCACAGGAACUGCAUGUCCGAGUUCAUGGGGCUCAUCUACGGCGCGUACGAGGCCAAGGAGGACAGCCUGCGCCCGGGCGGCGCCACGCUGCACUCGAUGAUGACGCCGCACGGCCCGGACGCCCAGUGCUUCGAGGCGGCCAGUACGGAGCCGCUGCAGCCCAAACACAUCGCCGCCGGCACCCAGGCAUUCAUGUUCGAGAGCUCUCUGGGCCUGGCCAUAACGACGUGGGGUCAGCGGACCUGCGACAAGAUAUCAAAAGACUACUACAAGUGUUGGCAAUCCCUGAAGAAGCACUUCAAAUCACCUGAAAAAGCUGAGGAGUGAGGUGGAGGGCCGUGCGCCGCGGCCGCGAGGACCGGUCGGGAGGAGAGCGGCCGCGGCUCUGUCACCCGCCCUACAGUGGCCGUCACAAGGGCUUCCGUGAGCUGUGGGCAGGCGACAGCGCGAUGCUCGUGGCCUGCGGGUGUCCUGUCGGCCGGUGUAGGGAGACUGUGCUCCGACCACGGCGGCCUGCCGCGGAGCCAGCCAUUCCGCUGUCCCAACACGACAGCGGCGUCGGCAAUGGUGCCAUUGGCGACGAUAUGGGCAAUAGCUGCGGCGUCUGUGCUGGUGGUGGUGGUGUCUCCGAACAUUGCAAUACUCUUACGGCUGCUGAAUGCGUUCCAAGGUGGUGGAUUUCGCCCAAUGAGUUAGAUUGUAUGGAUAUCAGAUAUGUCGUAGGUAUCGGCUGAAAUCCGAUAUUUCAUGAAGCGUCUAGGCAUUAUGUGAAAUGCCAGCAAAGAUUGAAAUAUUCGUAGAAAUACGCGCAUUACAGCGAAUGCCUGAAAAUUUAGCGUUUUCAUGAAAUGCCAGGCGGAGACCAGGCUGUCGCUAGAAUGUGCUCGAAACUAACUGAGUACAAACGUGUCGCCUAGGCAUUACAUGAACUGCCCAAGUGACGACCGGCACUUUCUGUAACGAUUGCCGUAGAUGUGCGAGUUCCUGCGCCUUUUUCAUAUAACAUGAAAAUAUCACCGGUGGAACAGGACAUGAUACCAGAUAUUAAACUCCGUGGCGAGUUGGCGGGUUCAAAUCCCGUCGGGCCAAGUUCAUUUCUAACUCAAACAUGCCAUAAUCUAGCCUUAAUUAACCUAUAACCUAAAACCUACCUUUAUCUACAUGACAGAUCAAACCGAACCUAACGUGUUAUGUGAAAAGUAGCUAGGCUAGUUCUGUUUAGGUUGGGGUAAGUUUGGUGCCAAGCCAGAAGCCUUUGGAUGCGAAAAAGCACGGGAACUCGCAAAUCUGCGAUAAUUGUUACAGAAAGUCACGGUCGUCACAUGGGCAUUUCAUGUAGUGCUUAUGGGCAACGAGCCAACGAGUGUAGGUAGUUUGACUCAGGCAUUCGCUCUAUACCGCGCGCAUUUCUACGAAGAUUUCAGUCUUUGCCGGCCUUGCACGUAAUGCCUAGACGUUUCAUGAAAUGCCGGAUUUCAGCCGAUGUCUACGACAGACACCUGACGUCAUUGAUAAUUCCGCUGCGUCGAGUGUCUCAGAUAUUCAAUAAAUGUGCGAUGUGCAAUACUCAUAUCAAAGUCCAGUGUCUUUAUAUUGUUCACAGCUUAUCAAAUAUAAUUUGUCUAAGCUCA